UCGGGGGUUCGGGUCCAACAUGGCGGCUUGCGGAUGGAAAUACUGAUGACAGUCCGAAAGAUCGCCUCGAUUUGUACCAUGGGCGCCAAUGCCUCUGCCUUGGAAAAGGAGAUUGGACCGGAACAGUUUCCCGUUAAUGAACACUACUUUGGGUUGGUCAAUUUUGGCAACACCUGCUACUGUAACUCGGUGCUGCAGGCUCUGUACUUCUGUCGACCGUUCAGGGAGAAGGUGUUGGCGUACAAGGUGCAGCCUCGUCGUAAGGAGUCCCUCCUCACCUGUCUGUCGGACCUGUUCAACAGCAUCGCCACGCAGAAGAAGAAAGUGGGAGUCAUCCCUCCCAAGAAAUUCAUCUCGCGGCUGAGAAAAGAAAAUGAGCUGUUUGACAACUACAUGCAGCAGGACGCCCACGAGUUCCUCAACUACCUCCUCAACACCAUCGCCGACCUGCUGCAGGAGGAGAAGAGCCAGGAGAAACAGCAGAAUGGAAAGCUGGUGCAGAACGGAGGAGGAGGAGGAGGAGGAGGAGGGGGGACAGGAGGAGGAAGUGAGGGAGGAGGAGGAAGGGGGGAAGGAGGAAAGGAGACACAACAGACUUGGGUCCAUGAGAUUUUCCAAGGAACACUGACCAACGAGACGCGCUGCCUCAACUGUGAAGCUGUGAGCAGUAAAGACGAGGACUUCCUGGACCUGUCGGUGGACGUGGAGCAGAACACCUCCAUCACACACUGUCUCAGGGGCUUCAGCAACACAGAGACGUUAUGUAGUGAAUACAAAUACUACUGUGAGCAGUGUCGCAGCAAACAGGAAGCCCAGAAGAGGAUGAGGGUGAAGAAGCUCCCGAUGAUCCUCGCCCUCCACCUGAAGCGCUUUAAGUACAUGGACCAGCUGCACCGCUACACCAAACUGUCCUAUCGCGUCGUCUUCCCCCUGGAGCUCCGCCUCUUCAACACGUCCGGGGACGCCACCAACCCCGACCGAAUGUACGACCUGGUGGCCGUCGUUGUGCACUGUGGCAGCGGUCCCAACCGAGGACACUACAUCACCAUCGUCAAGAGCCACGGCUUCUGGCUGCUGUUUGAUGACGACAUCGUAGAGAAAAUUGACGCGCAGGCGAUCGAGGAGUUCUACGGCCUGACAUCGGACAUUUCCAAGAACUCUGAGUCCGGGUACAUCCUGUUCUACCAGUCCAGAGACUGAACCAGCCGGCGGUAAAUCCCCAACAGACUGUACACCCAACAGAGGGGGGGGAGGGCGCUUUAACGGCCGCCACCGGCUCCGCCCCCACUACGCUCACAUAAGUACCCGGGCUUUAUUUCCUGCAGGCGGAGCUAUGAGCUGGAGCGCCACUCUGGAUCGGUUGAAACGUGUGCGGGUCGCAUUGCCAGCCUCCUGGAUUACGACCGUUCGCAUCCUCUGAGCCCCUCGCCGCAAAAAAAAAGCACCUUUAAAAAAAUAAGCGAGCUGGGGAGGCCGAGUAACACCAAUCCACGAGGCUGACAUCGCCGUGAGCACAGCGGUCCAUUUUUUUUGGAGGUAAAAGCAGUUUGGGGACGAUGCAAAGUAACCAAUCAACUGUUUCAGAUGAGACACAGGAUUGUCAUCUUCAUCACAGUCUUCUUUAGCGUUUGUUUCUUUUUUUUUUUUUUUUU